GAAAUGUUCACAUAUAUUUUUACAUCAAAUAUUUAAAAGUUUUUAUAAUUCAAGCAGCAAUGCGUACAACUGACGUUACGUAUUUCAGUAAUUAAUUAUAAAAAUAUGGCAACGUUAACAAAAGUCUGAUUGACAACCGCGGACUAUAAUAAUAAGCUAGAAAAUUCCAAAACACGAACAACACAUCCAGUGCAGUUGUACAAAAUUUAUUUAAAAUAAUUCACGUUAUAUUUCAACACUAAUUUUAACAACUUCAACACCAAAAUAAAAACGAGAAUUUCAUCACCUGUGCAAGAUGUUGCGUUUAACUUGUAAUCGCGUUGUGAAUUCAACCAUCCAAAAUGGUUUAAAACGUACUUUUCUUAUGCACCGCGCAGAACCCAAUUUCAUACCAAAAAAUGUAACACGCAAUUAUGCAAGGGGUCCGCGGGAACCAUAUUCACGUACAGAAUCUGCACGCACACCAACAAUGAAGGAAAAACUCAUGGGUCCACCAUCUGAAAAUGCUUUUUCUAUGGGUAAAGGAGCAGCAGCUGGAGCAGCAUUAGUUGGCUUGGGCGCAUUAGGUUUUUAUGGUUUGGGUUUAGGAGAUGCAGAUAACACAUAUAAUAAAUCAAUGCUAUGGCCGGAAUAUGUCCGCGAACGUAUACACACCACCUAUGGUUAUUUUGGUGCUUCGUGUGCCAUUACAGCAGCGGCAGCUGCAGCAGCUUACCGUUCACCUCGUAUAAUGCAGUUAGUUACGCGUAAUGGUUGGAUGUCUAUAUUGGGCACAUUCGCGGUUAUGAUCGGAACUGGUGCUGUAGCUCAAUCUUUAGAAUACAAACCAGGUAUAGGUGCUAAACAAUUGGCUUGGGCUGUGCAUUGUGGCGUGCUAGGUGCAGUUAUAGCUCCAAUGUGUCUCUUGGGCGGUCCUAUUUUGACAAGAGCUGCACUUUAUACUGGUGGCAUUGUAGGUGGACUGUCCACUAUUGCUGUUUGUGCGCCAAGUGAUAAAUUUUUGUAUUUGGGUGGUCCAUUAGCACUAGGUUUGGGCUUAGUUUUUGCAUCUUCAUUGGCUUCGAUGUGGUUACCACCUACUACAGCCUUAGGCGCAGGUCUGUAUUCAUUAUCGCUUUAUGGAGGAUUAAUACUGUUCAGUGGCUUUUUGCUUUAUGAUACCCAACGUAUUGUGCGUUAUGCUGAAAAUUACCCUGAGUUUGGUGUGCGCCCCUUCGAUCCUAUUAAUGCUUCACUCUCAAUUUACAUGGACACCAUUAACAUUUUCAUACGAAUUGCUACCAUCAUGGCUGGCGGUGGUGGUAACCAACGUCGUCGUUAAUAUAAAUACUAGACUUUUUGCAAUAUUUGUAGUUAACAACAACAACAACAAAAAUAAUAAUAAUGCAUUGUGAUUUACAUAAUUUAUUUUCGAACAAUAAAUAAUUAAAAUUAAGCCAAAUAAAUAUUAGAUUUUACUAUUUUUAACUAA